AUGGCCCACGAGAUUGCGGACCUCAUACUCGAAAACACCUACCACGCAGGAGCCUUUAACUCCCCCUAUCCCCACAAAAGAACUCUUGCCACCUGCUCUCUCGUCUGUCAAUCCUGGAGACCAUUCGCCCAAAAACGACUUUUCGCGGAACUGUGGCUGGACAUCAAAAUCAGGCCCCUCGACCAAUUCCUCGCGUUUCUCGAGUCUUCGCCGCACAUAGCGGCAGCCAUAUGUUUUCUGUAUAUACACACCUUCAUAACCAGGUCAUCUCUAGCCGUUUCCUCCGACAGGUUCGGUGCUGCGCGCAAGCCUGAAGACCCCCAGGUGUCUCCCGUCCUCCUCCUGAAAGUCGCGGCCCAGUUAUCCCCCAGGGCUCAUCUGAAACUGGAGAAAUUCACCCUACUCGGCUGGCCUAGUGACACUCCUCUUCCGACGACAGCUGUUCGACUUCGUAUUCUCGGGCUCUUCAAUCUGGCGUACAAACCUUUUCUAAAGCCUCAGACUGUCUCUUUCGACCUCACUAGCUUCUUCGAGCUUGACGAAAUUCACGUCGUUGGCGGACGAUUGUUUUCCACGAUAGACGCUGCGCGGAAGCACGACGUACUCACUCUACCCCUUGCUAUGCGUCCGAUCGCACGGAGCGUCCACUUCCUUGGUUACGACCUCUUCGCGGCCUGCAACGUCAAAUGCGGAGGCUUCGAUCCAGAGCACCUGAAGAGGGUUGUGUUCUCCCUGAAAGACCUCGCCUCGCUGCAGUUGGCCUCGAUGAUGCUUCGUGUCCAAGGGGCCGGCAUAUGCGAUGUCCACUUGGACGUCUCAUACGGCUUCCCGCAUCAAGGAACCAGCCUCUGGAGCACUCUCGAGAUAGCAGCGUGCGUUAACCUCGAGUCCCUGUGUUUCGAUUGGCAUCACAUGGGCAUAAUACCUGGGACGCAGGAGCAAGACUUCCAUGCUUGCAAGAGAAUCGCUAUUAUCCUCGCGACCACGCCGCGGACCCUCCUCAGGCUUACGUUCUCCCUGCCGUUCAUGCAACAACCGGAUAGCCUGGACAAUGCUUUGCGAUGUCUGUCUCCGCUGAUCGGCCAGGCCGUCAAGAAGUUCCACGGACUGAAGACAGUCACUGUGAGGGUGACGCGGUCGUUUGAGGCCGAGGAGUGUAUCAACAUCACGCGCAGUACGCUCCCGACGAGGCUCUUGGAUAGCGGGGUGCUGCAGAUCGAGGACAUGCACUGUUAG